GUGUUCGUGACGUCAUUACGCUCUUGACGUUCUUCAAAAUGGCGUUUCUGUUGUGCCAGUCGGUGCUCUGUUCGAUGCUGUCGCCAACUUUUCGUAAAUAAGUGAAGUUUAUUGCCACAUUUGUCCAUUCUGUUUUUUUCUACCGUCGCCUACAUGAUAAAGCAGUCCAGCACAGCAGGUCCAUCCACCACCUCCCCUCAGUCAAUGAAAGAGUCCAAGGACUUCUCGGGUGGCCAGUCCUUUCUGGACCACAUCAAGCCAUGCUGGUACUGGGACAAGAAGGAUUUAGCCCACACCCCCUCCCAGUCCGAAGGUCUGGACCCUGGGACCGAAGCCCGGUACCGGAGAGAAGGAGCCCGCUUUAUUUUUGACGUGGGGACUCGACUCGGCCUACAUUAUGACACUCUUGCAACCGGCAUCAUCUAUUUCCAUCGCUUCUACAUGUUUCACUCCUUCAAGCAGUUUCCCAGAUACGUGACGGGCGCUUGUUGUCUCUUCUUGGCCGGUAAAGUGGAGGAAACGCCCAAAAAAUGCAAAGAUAUCAUCAAAACAGCUCGCAGUUUACUCAACGACGUCCAGUUUGCCCAGUUUGGAGAUGAUCCGAAGGAGGAGGUGAUGGUGCUGGAGAGGAUUUUGCUGCAGACCAUUAAGUUCGACUUGCAGGUGGAGCACCCCUACAUGUUCCUGCUGCGCUACGUCAAACAGCUGAAAGGAGACAAAAACAAAGUCUGCAAAGUCCUCCAAAUGGCGUGGACCUUCGUCAAUGACAGCCUGUGCACCAUGCUGUCCCUGCAGUGGGAGCCGGAGAUCAUCGCCGUGGCCGUCAUGUACUUAGCAGGCCGACUCUGUAAGUUUGACAUCCAGGAGUGGACCUCCAAGCAGUCGUCUCGCCGCUGGUGGGAGCAGUUUGUGCAGGACGUCCCGGUUGAGCUGCUUGAAGACAUCUGCCACCAGAUCCUGGACCUUUAUUCUCAAGGGAACAAGCCCAUUCCCCAGCAGGUCCAGGAGAAGGAGAAGACGGCCGCCGUCACGCCCAUCGCUUCACCGGUGCUCCCAGUGUCUAACCCGCCUCCACCGCCGCCAAAAAAGACGUCGCCACAGGGUGGCAGUCCUGCACGGCAGCUGAAGCGCUCCCAUACUUCCCCUAAAGAUGAACCAAAGGCUCCAGAACAAACCGGAUCAAAAAUCCCCCGACUGGAGAGUCCCAUGCCGCCGUUACCCGCCGUUCAACCACCAGUCCAGAGCCUGCAGUCCAUGAUGAAGACCGAAGGCCCCUCCUACGCCCCCAUGCCCCCCGGCUACGCCCCUCCGAUCCCGCCGUACCACCCGCACGUCUAUCCGCCGCCCGCGGCUCCGCCUCCAGGGCCCCCGCCUCCUCCGUCCACGUACCCGCCUCCCAGCAUGGCGCCAAACUACCCACCGCCGGGCUACAACAACUACCCUCCGCCGCCCCCGCGCAUGCCGCCGGGACAUGUGCCCCCCGGGAUCGGCAUGCCGCCUGCUGGAUACCCCCCACCGCCACCCGUGCCCCCAGGACAGUCGCAAGUGCCCCUGCCGCCCCCGCCCGGCAUGCCUCUGAACCGCGGAGGGUGGAUGAGAUGAGGACGUUUCUGUGACGGACGACAGUUGAAUUCUGGGAGUUCUGCAGGUGGAGGCGGUUCACACCUGAGCGGAGGAGGGAGCGAGACGACGGACGGUCGGUAGAAGUCUUUAUAAUGUAGAGGAGGGCGGUAACGGCACAUUUCCUGGAUCCUAAAACAACCGUUUUCUUUUGAAUUCCUUGUGACUCUUUUAGCAUCUUUUUUUUUCUGUGAAAAUCACUGUAAAAAUAGAGGAAUGUGCAGUUUUAUUCAUCAAAAUGUUUCUUUUCAUUUUAUAUAGCAACACUGGCUUCAAAAAUAUUUGUGCUGCAGUUAGACGCUUUUUUGUUUUAACUACUGUUUUGUUUCCCUUUUUUUAAACUUAAUUGAAAACGAGCUUCAUGCAGUAUUAAAUGAAAACCUCACAGCAGAAAAAAACA